GGGGGUGUUCCCCGGCCUAGCCGCGGUACCCAGUUCAGCUUUCCAAGUCAGCCUCGUGGUUGACUCCGGGUGCAUCCCUCUGGGAGCAGUCUGCAGGUUGUGUGUGAACAAUAUGGAGGCUGGCCUGUCUGGCUUUAACAUUGAUGCGCCCCGCUGGGAUCAGUGCACGUUCCUGGGGCGUGUGAGGCACUUUUUUAACAUCACAGAUCCUCGCACUAUCUUUGCAUCAGAGCAGGAGCUGGACUGGGCAAAGGCGAUGGUGGAGAAGAGCAGGAUGGGACUUGUGCCCCCUGGCACUCAGGUGGAGCAGCUGCUGUAUGCUAAGAAGCUGUAUGACUCGGCUUUCCACCCUGACACUGGGGAGAAGAUGAACGUCAUUGGACGGAUGUCCUUCCAGGUCCCUGGGGGCAUGAUCAUCACAGGCUUCAUGCUCCAGUUCUACAGGACCAUGCCUGCGGUGAUCUUCUGGCAGUGGGUGAACCAGUCCUUCAAUGCCUUAGUCAACUACACCAACAGGAACGCGGCUUCCCCCACGUCCGUCAGGCAGAUGGCCCUCUCCUACUUCACAGCCACUACUACUGCGGUAGCCACUGCAGUGGGCAUGAAUAUGUGGACAAAGAGAGCCCCACCCUUGGUGGGCCGAUGGGUGCCCUUUGCCGCUGUGGCUGCAGCUAAUUGUGUCAAUAUCCCAAUGAUGCGACAGCAGGAACUCAUCCAUGGCAUCUGUGUGAAGGACAGGGACCAAAAUGAGCUUGGCCAUUCUCAGAGAGCUGCAGCCGUGGGUAUCACCCAAGUGGUUAUUUCUCGGAUCACAAUGGCAGCCCCUGGCAUGAUCCUGUUACCAGUCAUCAUGGAGCGGCUGGAGAGGCUACGGAUGGUGCAGAAGGCCAGAGUGCUGCAUGCUCCCCUGCAGGUCUUGUUGUGCGGCUGCUUCCUUCUCUUCAUGGUGCCAGUGGCAUGUGGGCUCUUCCCUCAGGAAUGCAAAGUAGCAGUUUCCUAUCUAGAACCAGAGCUGCAGGACACCAUCAAGGCCAAGUAUGGAGAACACGUCCUCUUUGCCUACUUUAAUAAGGGUCUCUAAGUGCGCCAUGCCUUCAAGGACCAAUCUGUACCCUGUAUGGACCAGCUUUUCGCUAACAGCUGUCCACAUUCUUCUUUGAAAUAAGGUCUGAAAGCCAGGCUGGAUUGGGAGAUAGAGGGGGGCGCGGGGAUAGUUCCAGUUUCCAUAUAAACAAUCAGGACAAAAAUUCAAAUGAGGAUCAAGGUGGUUGGGGAUGUAGCUCUUUUGGUAGUGUUUGCCUAGCAUUCACAAAGCCUGGGAUUUAAUCCUUUACACCAUGUGAUUCAGGUGUGGCUGUACAAGCUUGUGAUCUUGUUCUUGGGAGGUGGAGGCAAGAGGAUUAGAAGUUCAUAGUCAACCUUAGGUAUGUGGGGAAUUUGAGGCUAGCCUGAGUUAGAGUGUCUCAACAAAGUAGGGGAGGGAACAAGGACAGAGGUAUUCUGUCUGCUUUGUCCUUGACCCCUGUCCUUUGGGAGCAGAGGCUGAGGCCAGCUCAGCAGAAGCUGCUGACAUCUGGGAGUGAUUAGGAAACCUGUGACUAUUCUCCAGUCAGGACUGUAGAUGUAAUGAGUGCUCCUCUAUCCGCCCACUUCCUCCUUCCCAAGCAAGGGGAACAUUUACCUGUGUUAGUCUUAAAAGGCUUUUUUAUCACUGUACUUUUAUUUUAUGUGUAUGGGUAUUUGCCUUCAUGUGUGUCUCUC